AGGACCCGGAGCGCGGAGUCAAGAGCAACAUGCGGGCAAAAUUUUAAACGUAGUCUAAACUAAAAUAUACAUAUAUAUUAUAGCGCCAUCCCACGUAGCCUUAGGCCUCACCGAUUCUGUCGGGGUGGGAGUCCCUGGUAUGCCCAGCUCCUACCCCGCUGCCCCGCAACGCAUCUACCAAGAAGCCGCUUGCCUAGAUAUACGCGCUUGAACUAGCUUUUCGUUUUUACUGGGUUGGAGCGAUGCAACGCUUGUUCAGUCCCCAGGCACUGGGAUGCAACCCGCAGCAAACAGUUCGGCCACAAGGCAGUUUAUGGAGACUAGCACAUGCUACGAAGUGUCAUCGACCAGCUUGUGUGGCGUCUUCAGCUGUGGACAACCGGGAGCCGGAAGCCACCGCGGGAGGCUCUGCACCCAGCGCCACCACCACCCCCAGUAGCAGACUUAACGCCAACAAUGGCCCCGACUACAGCAGCGCCACGCGCGCGGCAGCCGGAACUAACAACCCAGAUGCCAACAACCCAGACACCGACUCAGGCACGGGCGCCAGCAGUCCAGGCGCCGCUGAAUUCCUCUUCAGCCCCGCCUUCCUGCGCCGCCUCGCCGCCGCGACCUCACCUCUAGACCUGGCUGAAGCCCUAGCGGAUGAGUCUCCGCCGGGCUACCUGCCGCGCGAGGAAGACGCGCGGGCGGUCAUGGGGUUUUGCCUUCAGCGCGGCCGGGUGCAGCUGGCGUUGGGGGUCUACCGGGAGAUGUGCGCCGCACGGCGCGGAGGCGGCAACCGCGGCAGCAGCGGUGGCGGUGGAGGCAACGGCGCCGGUGGUGGUGUUGGCGCUGGUGGCUUUACGCAGGCGAGCCGGUCGCUGGACGUCGCGUUUGCCUGGCCUGCUGCCACGCUGGCGACCACCACGGAGCUUGUGAUGGGGCUGUGUCAGCAGCUGUGCAUCGUGGAGGCGUUGCAGGUGCUUGCAGACAUCAAGGUGCAGGGUCUGCCGCGGGGCUCGGAGGAGGUGGGCUUCGGCAAGGUCAUCACCUCGCCUCUGGCACCCGACCGGCCGCUCACGGUGGUCCAACCGCAAGAGGGCGCCAAGGUGGUGGCGGACGGCUACUCGCGCUACGAGUACGAGCUCUUCAGCGGCACCGUGCUCAGCUGCUCCUCCACCGCACUGGUGCCGCCGGGCAACAUGCUGCUGCGGGGGCUGGGGCGCAGGCUGGGGCUCAUCCGCAAGCCGCCGGUGGCUGCUGUACACGAGUUUGUGUUGCAGGCCCCCGACAGCACCUCACGCACCUUCCGAGUGGGCACGGAGACAACUGCCGUACCCGCUCAGGUGGGCGAGCGAGUGACCGUCGUAAGCGCGCCAACCCGCAACGUCCGCAAGGGCGGCCUCUUCAACGCCUCGCCCCCAGGCGCCAAGCCCGGAGAAGCCCUCACCGCCACCAACCACAAGACCGGCGUCGUGCUGCCGUUGCUGAAACCCCCAGUCUCUGCGGAACAAGCCAACAGCCUGCCUAGCUGGGUGCUGCCGCUGGUUGUGCUACUCGCUGGCGGCGAUGCCGCCUCGUCCCUGCUCGACCCGGCGCUACCGUUGUUGCUGGCGGCUAGCGCGGUAUCCCUGGCUGGCGGCUCCAUGGUUGGCAGCCAGGUGCUGGUUCCGAAGCUCAAACAGCUGCCGGACACGAAGGUACGAGUGGAGUAUGUACGGCAGCAGUUGCUUGGGCAGUACAAUGCGCUGGCAUCCAAGGCUGCAACCGUACUGACUGAGAGCUCCGAAGACAUCCGAGUCCUGGCGCGGCUGUGGCAGCUGCAAAACAAGAUGGAGGCGGUGAGCGCGUCCUCCUCCUCGCCCUCAACGUUGCUAGCGCAGCUGCCGCCGUCGUUGGCCGGCGCCGGCAGCGGCUCCGCCGCCGCUGCCUACGAAGCACGCAUUGGACGCGUGUCGCGUGCACGUGCCAACAUUGAGGAGCGGUUGGCGCGACGGAUCGAGCUGUUGGAGGGGUACGGGCGGGUGAUGAGCAUGAUAGAGAUCGAGGUUGAGAUGGACAUCGAGGUGCCGGCUGCGGAGGUGGCGGGCAUUCAGGAGCAGCUGGCGCGGCUUGUGGAGCUGGAGGCGGUGCAGGAGGACUGGCGGGCGCAGGCGGAGGCGCGGGACGAGGUGGAGCGGCUUUUGCGGGCGGCUUAGCUGUGAAGGUUGGGGGACUCCACCGCAUUGGCAGCCUUAGGUCCGGGUCUGCGUUAGCAGUUGUCCUGCUGCGAUGUGUCGGGAGCUAGGCGGCAAGUCAGUUUUGAUGUUCUUGUGUGAGGGAUUUCGGUGUGAAUGGGAGCUCUUGCUGCACACGCAUACAUGGCUGCUGAUGUGCAUAUCUGCUCGAGGAUCGUUUUACAGUUUUGAUGGCCGAGGGUCAUUGCCGUACAAAUGUGAGCGGCGGCGAGAAGAGAGUUGGGGUCAAUGGUGGAAGCAGUGUGGGUCGCUGGGUUUGGAUCAUACUUACCUGAGUGAGGGCAGCCUUAAGGGAAGCAACCAAAAGAGUGAUGCAAAUGCUGGAGGGGUGUAGUGUGGUCGGGACCCGGGUAGCAUGCUGGUACUUGUCAGUAAGGUUAAAAUGGGUUCUGAUUUGGGUUGAUUUGGAUUGUAGGGCGCAUUUGCUUGUAUGUAGGCUUCCAUGUAUGCAGUAGAAUUUUGAAUAUUUGGACGCCGGAACAAAGUGGCAAAUUUGUAUUCACUAGUAGCUGUUUCGGCGGCAUUGCUGUUGGGGAGAAGGGAACUGCAAAUCCUCGUGGGCGUAUAGCCUUGGCUGCAAGCUGGUUGCAUGUAUGUACCGGGUAGGGGCGCGUUGUUAGGAGAAGCUCAAUAGGUAUAAGCAAAGUUGUGGUAGGCUAUGUCGUGCCUGUAAGCGACUGCAAGGGACAGACAUGCCUGCUUGGGUCUGCAGCACCCCUUCGUA